GUAUUGCAGCUUCCGGGUCUAAUGAGACCUACUUAACAUAUUUGGCACGGAAACCGCGGCAUCUUCGACCGGACGCGUACUUCACCCUAAUUUCCUUUGGAUUUAUCAUAAUGUUGAGAGACAUCGAUAGUUUGUAUUCAACAGCUGGUCACCCAAUAGACUUUAUCAAGGAUAUAAGCAAGAAGAUGCAAGUUCCUCAUCGUAUCUCCUUUGGUCCUGUGGAGCUAGAGCGGCCGUCAUCAUCUUCGACGAAUCCCGAGUCUGACAUGCGAGUUCCUGACCACAUCCUUAUUACUGAGCCUAUUGAAAUGAAAGAUGCACCUGCACCGCCUGAAUUGACAGCUGACCUUGAUUUGGUUCCGAUUGAUCGCCGGCUCAGUCUCCCACCCAUACCUUCUACCCUGGCCUUGGAUGAAAUUAGUUAUCCAGAUCUUGACCGACUCCUCAUGGAACGGGAACAGCGACCUUCCUCCAGUCCAAUCCAUCCGCUACCCGAGUACGCAGUUAUCAAAGCCGAGAGUUCUGUUUUUGCUUAUUCAAAGCUAACACAUUUUUUCGAACUCCGUUGCUACUCGCCAUUAUACUCACAAAUUCCUUAUGGCGUGUUUAUCCAUUCGUUUCAGUCGCUAUAUACUCAUGACUCGCGUGACGUUCUUGUUCGGAUGUACGGCAUGAUGAUUUCCGACCAGUAUCCAGCAGUUGCUUUGCAGUAUGGAUAUUUAACUCCUUUAUGA